AGGCGUGUCUAGCCGUGUUUGCUGCACAGACCAGACCGGCUAAGAGACGGGCUCGCGGCUGCGAGACGCACCCACGGAAACCGGCGUCGCCUCCUCUGGAUUUGAACCGGCGACUCGAACGCAGGACGAGCAGAACCCACUGACCCGCCUAAGACCCGCCUCCGAGUCCCGGGCGACGGCGGCGGCGACGGCGUUCACUGUGGAGACGACCUCUGCCGCGGACAGACGGGAAGCGGAGCUUCAAACGUCCACUUAGACUCUUUUCCAAACAGGUGAUGAGAGCUGGGAGGCUUCAGCUGAAGGCGUGAUCAUGGAGGAGGAAGGCCGGCCUCUGCUGAGCUCGCAGCACGCCGCCGACUCCCCCCAAGCCUCUGCGGGAUCGGUGGACGCCAGGGCCAAAAGGCCUUUCUAUGUGGAGCCUCGAAACAUCGUGGACCACGACCCUCAGGAGAGGAUCUCUGCCGAAGCCGCCAUCCUCAACAGCAGACUGCACUACUACAGCCGGCUGACGGGCUCCUCUGACCCGCUGCUGAGCCCCCCAAACCAUGUGGUCCCACAGCCUGAGGAGAUCUACAUCUACAGUCCUCUUGGUAUCGCUUUCAAGAUCCCAGAAGGAGAUCAGACUUCCAAGAACUCCAGCCUCAUAUCCAUCUUCGCCAUCUGGAACACGAUGAUGGGGACGUCCAUUCUCAGCAUACCGUGGGGCAUCAAACAGGCUGGCUUCACGCUGGGAGUCGUCAUCCUGGUGCUCACAGGGCUGCUCACUCUGUACUGCUGCUACAUCGUCCUCAAGUCGCCAAGGACCAUCAAAAGCGUGGAUACCACAGACUGGGAAUUUCCGGACGUGUGUCGGCACUACUUUGGAAAGUUUGGCCAGUGGUCCAGCCUCCUCUUCUCCCUGGUGUCGCUCUUAGGAGCCAUGGUGGUUUACUGGGUCCUCAUGUCCAACUUCUUGUUCAACACGGGGCAGUUUAUCUACAAUCAGGCUCACAACAUCAACGUGUCAGAUUCUCAGUUUGGAAACAACGGCUCCGAUCAAGUCAUCUGUCCGUACCCGGUCAUACACCCGGAGGGGGACGACUGCGGCAGCGGCGGCGGCGAUGCCGGAAACGACAUCUCCUUUGGGCGCUACUGGAGUAAAACCAACACGGUCCCGCUCUACCUCAUCGUUCUGCUCCUCCCACUGCUCAGCUUCCGCUCCGCCUCCUUCUUCGCCCGCUUCACCUUCCUGGGAACCAUUUCUGUCGUCUACCUGAUUGUUCUGGUCACCAUCAAAGCUGUGCGCCUCGGCUUUCACCUGGAGUUCCACUGGUUUGACCCCACCCACUUCUAUGUUCCAGAGUUCAGGGCGCUCUUCCCACAGCUGACCGGCGUCCUCACUCUGGCCUUCUUCAUCCACAACUGCAUCAUCACACUGAUGAAGAACAACAAGCAUCAGGAGAACAACGUUCGGGACUUGUCUGUGGCGUAUCUCCUGGUGGGGCUGACAUACCUCUACGUGGGGGUGUUGAUCUUUGGCUCCUUUCCUUCACCGCCUCUCGUCAAAGACUGCAUCCAGCCGAACUUCCUGGAUAACUUUCCCAGCAACGAUGUUCUGGUCUUCGUGGCUCGGAUGUGCCUGCUGUUCCAGAUGGUCACGGUCUAUCCUAUGCUGGGGUACUUGGUGAGGGUUCAGGUCAUGGGUCAGUUCUUUGGAAACCAUUACCCCAGCUUCUUCCACGUUCUGGUUCUAAACAUCUUCAUAGUGGGGCUGGGCGUUCUCAUGGCCAAGUUUUAUCCCAACAUUGGAUCCAUCAUCCGGUUCUCUGGCGCCAUCUGCGGCCUGGCUCUGGUCUUCGUGUUUCCCGCUCUAGUCCACAUGAUCCCCCUGAAGCGGGAGGGCCGGCUCACCUGGCUGUCUGCCGUCCUCCACAGUUUUCUCAUUGUGAUCGGCGUGGCCAAUGUGGUCGCUCAGUUCCUCAUGUGAAAGGCCGUCAGACCCCCCCUCCCCCCGCCCCCUCUAGUCAGUUAUGAACUAGGACUUUGAAGAGGAGAAGGGUUGUGAUGAAGAUCGAGUAACUUCGGAGCUUGAUUCAUAUUUACGUUUGUCUUUGGUUGCUACACGCCGUUUAACAAAACCGUGCACGCCUCACAUGCACACCUCACGAGCACAUCACUGGCGUGACCUAACAGGAAAAGAGGCGGGACUCGGCGUGAAUGCGUCUCCACUGAGAGGUUCUGAGCUCGUGUCCUCAUCCGACCCGCUGAGGUCCUGCUGGACGGUUCUGAGAGGAGCUGCGUUCACCGUCACCACCGAGGACCCCGGGAAGACGACCUGUUGGCCUUUUUCAGGUCUGACCUUCUGCGUUUGUUUGAGGCCCGUUCAUCCAAUGAACCGUCCUCCCCGAGUUUUAUGUUAGGAUUGAAAAAAGGGAAUUUUGUGAGAAAAUAAAAAGUUAGACUUUAA